AUGACGCGCACCACGGAGAAAGCGCUCAGAGAGCAGCAAGGCCCUCGGGAGUCAUCGCCAGCCCGGAAGCUGCUCUGGGUCAGCUCGCCGUUGGAAAUGCGCAAGGAAGCAGCGCCGUCCUUCUGUGGACGUGUCCUUAGGAGGACUCUGAGUCCUCGGACCCUUGGUCUGCCCCCAGCUGGGGCCGGCGGUGGAGGAAGGGGAAGUUGGGGCAGAGUUGUAUCAUCCUGUGGCUUGCGCCAGGCUCUUGGGGCCAAGCUCCCCCAAGCUGCUGGGAGCCCUGGCCGCGGGCUGGUAACCAGGCCGGGUACCCACUUUGCUGAGAACCAGGAUCCCUCUGGCUCUGAGCCCAAACCAUGCGUCCGAACCUUUGACUCCAGAGCUGCAUCCUUGGCCACCAAAAGCAGUCGUGAAGCCUGGACACCUGAGAACCCGGAUUUCUUCUCCACCAUGGAGGACGAGCAGGAAGAUGGUUUUCCAGGACGGCUCAGCGAGAGCACAGAGGACGUCAGUCUGGAUUUGGGAGCCCUUCAGGGCAGCGAGUAUCUCCAGGACCUGGGUCUGGGGGCCCCUUCCCAUAGCCAGCCUGGGGACGCCACGGGCAGUGGCCCCCCUAACAAAGAAGGUGGAAGAGCUUCACCCUUCUCCAGCUCAGCAGGGGCCCAGGUCCUGCCUCGGAGACGGAGGCGGAGACGGAGCUGGGAGAGGUCCCGGAGCUGCUCAGAGAGCUGGCGGAGGCUCAGCCUCGAUGCCUCGGCCAUGGACACGGGACCCUCUCUCCCUCGGACGCUGGCUAGCCUUGCUCUGAAUCUGUCUGGAGAGGGGCUCAAGACUUGGACCCAAGCGUGUCUGUCUGGGGGCGGGACCCCAGCAGAACCCCCGGGCAAGGAAUGUGGCAGCCCCCAGCAAAGAGUGAGGUCAAGGUCAGUUCCCCUGUCCUGCGAUGAGAUCAGCUCCCUGGAACUCACUCCUGGCUUGGAAACGCCAGCCCCACCUGUGCAAGGCCUGGAACCGCCUGUGCUGGAGUGCCUGGAAAAGGACCAUGUGGAGCCAGACCAUGUGUUGAUUGUUCAGCAAGUGCUUCAAGAACUUCGCCAGUAUCAUGGGGCCCGGCAGAGGGCUCGCCUGUCCACCGGGCCUGGGGGAGCCCCCUCGAGCCUCACCUGGUUUGAGUUCCUGUCUGAGAGCGAGGACGGUGCCAGCAAGAACGAGAAGAAUGAGAAGAGUACCCGGGUGAAGCGUAGUCUGAGCUCCCUCCGCAACCGGGUCACCAGGCAGAAGGAGAAGGGGAAGAGCCCAGCACAUGUAAAGGACAAGGCUCAGGAUGCUCGGGAGAGGCGGGAGUGUGUCAACGGACACCAGCUGGUGCGAGGAACCUUCUUGGGUCACUCCAGCUGCCCCCUCUGCAGCAAACCCUUCCUGAGCUCUGGCUUCCCAGAGGAAUCCUGAGACCCUGGAGCAGAUGUCCCCCCAGCCAGCGAGCGUUUGGGUGCAACGGAGCUGGUGUGCUUGGGUUCUUCCCUAACGCUUCUUUCCAGGUUCUUGGCUAAAAACUCAG